AUGUUUUUAUCUAUAACCUGUUAUAUCAGUAUUUAUCUAUUCUUCUACUUAUUCACAAAAAUCUACGUCGACAAAAAUGAACAGCAACGGACGAAUUCACGCCAAAGUCUUGAGCGUUAUCUGUUCUAUUAUAAUAGAUACAGAACGCAUGAGCAAAGUUUGCAGUUGGAGAUGAAGGUCCAAGACAAAACUCGUUACGUGGAUGCUUGUCGAAAAGUGCUUCUAGAACAUUGCAUCGAAGGAUACGAUAAGAAUUUUGAAAAUUCACAACUGCCGCAUUUUGAUAAAGCUGUGUAA